GAUAUCAUCAGCAGGUGACCACGACAGCCACUGAGUUGUAGCGUCACUUAGUUGUCCGCCAUCGCAGUGCAGCCACUUCUCUCUUUUUCUUUUGUCAUAUUUCUUUCGGGACCUCGCCCCUCGUUGUUUCCCUUUCGCUUCCUUUCAUUCCUCUGUGCCUCUGCGGCGUCGCUGUCGUCGUCUCCACGUGCGCCGCUUUCGUCAGGCGCAGCACACAAGGACAUCGCAGCGUUGGGAUAAAGUAUAACAGGUUAACGCGCCAACACAUUACACGCAAACUCAAAGGUAAACCAGUAGUACUACUACUACAUAUAUAACGCUGUUUAAACGUGACUUUUUAAACCCCUCCAAAAAGACUUGGUAACCGUUACUUUCUUGUUUGGCCGUCCUUGGUUGAUCUUGCUGGGGUGCAUUUGCCCUCUCCUCUCUGUCUCCCUUUGUCUUCGUCACUUUUCUUUUCUUUUCUGGCUUUCGUACACGGGCGAUGUCUUCGCACUACCGCGAGCUCCAUCAGCUUUUCGUGGACGCCAAUGGCCAGCCAGACUUCAACACCGCCGUGGAGAGCCUGGCGACGCAGCCGGUGCGUCAGCUCUUCCUCCUCCACUCCCUCCUCUGCCUGAACGAGCCCGACGCGGCGACGAGCCCGACGACGAUAAAGCCGGUGCACGAGACCCUCGCGUUGCUGCGCACCUGCAACGCGCUGCUGCGCUGGGCUGCCGAGCAGAAGCACGUGGCGCAGGGCAUCCACGACAGCAACGUUGAUGAUGGUGUUGCGGCUGCCCCCCUCCCGCAGGCCGACUCGCUGCAGGGCGUCGAUGAAUGCCGCAUGGCGUGGAAGUUCCUGGCGACCUUCAUGGACCAGCCGGCGGCUGUCACCUGCAUGGAGAAGGCGCUGACGGAGGUGGCGGUGGAGUACCACUACGCCACCGCGCGCCCGCGUCAGUUCGACAUGUUCGUCCACCUCAGCGCCAUGGAGAAGUUUUUCGUGGACGGCGACUCGCUGCUCAUGGCGGCGCUGUCGUCCCCGCACGUGGACUGGGACUUAAUGCAGCCGCUGCACGUCCUGUACAACGCCCAGGCGUUGCUGCGUCGCCUGCAGACGCGCGGUGGACGCUUCCACGUCGUCUUCUUUCGCAACACCGCUUGGUUUUGGUCGACGGCACCGCAGAAGCUGUUCCUCCGAGAGGCGCUGCGGGCGACGCUGACGGCGGUGGCGACGACGAACCCGGAGAGCCAGCUCGUCGUGGACACCUUCGACAGCUUUCAUUGCGCGGAGUUCGCCGCGUACGUCGCGAAGUACGAGCCGGAGUUUUUGCUCAUGUCGGACGGGGAGCAGCUGGGGCAGGCGACGCCGCUGCAGCAGCUCUUUCACAACCACACGGAGGAGGAGCUGUUGGCGUUCGAGGGGGUGGAGAGCGGAAACGGCGGGGCCGGAGACGCGACGGACUCCACCGCGGCGCCGACGUCCACCCUCCUCACGCCGGAGGAGGCGACGGAGGUGAAGCUGCGGGCGACGGAGGACCGCGUCAUGGAACUGAAGAGCACCUACCGCAGCCUCGUCGAGGAUGAAGCGCACGGGGCUCGUGUGUCCUUCUACUUUCACUGCUUCCUCACCUGGGCGACGGCGCGGCGGAUUAAGGUCGCGUACUCCUCCCGCAUCAUCACGCGUGAGAACGCGGUGGUUGUGUUUGCCGUGACGGUGGAGAGCGCCAACUUUGCGCGCGCGCUCGUGCUGGAGCCGCAGUCGACGCAGCUGGCCGCCGCGCUCGAGCGCGACGUCGAGCUGCCCCCGCUGUCCGACGCCGCCCUCGCCUUGGCAAAGGACGGUCAGCUGUCGCGCCGCGAGCAGGUUGUCUCGGCCGCGGUGCACGCCUACCUCCACGCGGGUCCGCAGCGCACCCCGCAGCAGCUGCAGCUGUGUCAGGCAAUGAUGAUGACGGCGUACUGCACUGCCCUCAUCGAUGCGGAGCUGCGCGCGCAGCGCGCCGUCGCGUCCCCUGCGAUCGCCGCCUUCCUGAACGACCUCGCGCCGUACGUGCUGCAGGCCUUCGAGCAGUGCGACUGCGCGACGGGUCGUGGGGCGGAGUUCGAUGUCUACGACGGGCACCUGCUGGCGAUGAUGGCGCACCUGCUGCGCACCACGCCCGCCGCGCAGCUGCUAGACGAGGACGGCGUGGCGGACGUCAACUUCAGCUGGCAGGAGGUCUUCGGCGAUGAGUCGGCGGACAUGACGACCGCCGCGCUGUCCGACUUGCCAGAGAUCACCAUCGCGGAGCCAAAGAAAGCGAUGAAGUACCCGCACCUGACGCAUGAGCUGGUCGACCAGCUCGCGCGCAGCUUUCAGGUGGAGGGGCACGUGUCGAACCGCCCCUACCCGUCUACGCUCGGCAACGCGAACGAGCUCAGCGGGUGGAUUGUAUCGCAGCCGUUUGAUGAGCUGAACGACGUGGUGGAUGUGCUGGUGGAGCGGGAGUCGCAGCGUAACCUGACCGACCGCGAGCGUCGCCGGCAGCUGGCGAUGGAGGCCGCCUUCGUGAAGGACGCGGCGCAGCAGGCGGAGUCGAUGGGCAUUCGCGGCUUCACGAGCGGCACCCUGGCGGUGGUCUGCUCCGACAGCGACGACGACGAGGACACCGGCGAGGCUGCCGGCGCUGCGGGGGGCAACAACAGUAACGCGAAGAACGCGAAGAAGACGAAGCAGCAGCACCAGGGGCAGCGCAACAAGAAAGUGCGAAGCCGCGAGGACGUCAUUCGCGAGGAGGCGAACGUGCGGGAGGCGAACAAGACGGUGCAGGACUGGGCACAGCAGGUGGCGGACCUGUGCAAGAUGACGGAGCCGACGUCGAUGCGGGCGACGGAUGUGCCGGACAACAUCGCGAAGCUGACGGCCGUGCUGUCACGCCUGACGAGCGCCUCAUUCGGCCGCAACUUUGACCCAGGCGAGCAACUGAAGGAUGAGGAGGCGGUGCCGCUGCCGCUGGCGAUGUGGCGCCUGCUGGUCGAGACGAGCGGCAUGCGCGAGGCCGAGUUCGCCUUCACCAUCACGGCGGAGGACGACGACGGCAACAACAACAACAACAAACGCAAGAAGCCAACUAAAGACAAGCGCUCCACCAACCUCUUCGCCUUCGGCCUCAUCGCGGAUCUCGUCGCGGCGUGCAUCGCUGACAGCAAGGACAGCCACAGCGACUGGGGGAGACUGGACCGUCUGCGCAAGAUCAAGAAGAACUUCACCGUGUACGACGCGACCUCCUAUUUGAACUGGGUGUACCUCACCUACGUGCAGCUGCACUUCCAGUGCAAGCUGAUGGCGCGCGUGGUGCGGCUGCAGCUGGAGCAGUGGAAGGCGGAGCGGGAGCGGGCGCGGCAGGUGCAGGAGGCGCCGAACAUCGCCAUCGGCGUACCGCUCUUCCUGUACUGUCAUCACAAGGUGCUGUCCUGCAUCCGCGACAACGGUGUCGCGGUCUCGACGGACGACCUCGACGUCGUGCGCUCCGCCCUCGCCCACUUCGACUUCCCGGCGUCGUACUACGAGAAGGUGGACGCGGCGGUGGCGCGGUGGCAGAACGCACCGGUCACGGUGCUGCCGCCCAGCCACCGCCCGCGGCAGAAGGUCUGCUUCGAGACGCCGGAGAUGAUGCAGCUGAUGAGCAUGGGACACCUGCUGGAGCGCCCCGUCAUCCCCACGAAGGACUACCGCGUCGUCUUCAAUCCGGAUGCGUGGCAGCGCGAGCUGCUCGACAUCGUCGACGCCCGCGGCAGCGCGGUGGUCUGCGCCCCGACCUCCGCUGGCAAGACGUUCAUCUCCUACUACUGCAUGUACAGCGCGCUCAAGACGUCGAACACGAAGGUCGUCGUCUACGUCGCGCCGAACCGCGCGCUGAUCAACCAGGCCGUGGCCGAUGUGUGCGCGCGUUACGGGUCGAAGAAGUACUCCUUCCCGGGCCGCAACGUGUACGGCGUGCACGGCGGGGCGGACUACCACCGCUACGUGGACAGCUGCCAGGUGCUCGUGACGCUGCCCGAGGUGCUGGAGACGCUGCUGCUGUCUCCCAAGUACAAGGACUGGGCGAAGCGCCUUGACUACGUCAUCCUGGACGAGAUCCACACGAUGGAGAGCAGCGGCAACGGCGACGUGUGGGAGCGCGUGCUGGCGCUGCUGCCGUGCCCCUUCGUCGCCCUUUCCGCAACCCUCGGCGAGACGCAGGAGCUGUGCGGGUGGCUGAACCGCGUGCAGCAGCGCCUGGCCGUGCAGCAGCCCGAGGCACGGCGCGACUUCGUUGUCCACGACAUCCCCUCCUCGGGCAGCAUCCAGCGGUGGAACGACAUUAAGAAGUACAUCUACCUGCCCCCGCCGGGCUACCACCCGCAGCUGAAGAAGCUCACGGCGAAGUACCCGCACCGGUACAUCCACGACCUGCACCCGCUAUCCAUCUUGACGCUCGAGCAGCUGCAGAGCGGCUUCCCGCCAGACAUCACACUCGUCCCGAGCGAGGUGGUACAGCUGCUGCAGAAGAUGUCGGCCUUCUUCGCCGAGGUGGUGGCGCCGACGUGGUCGCACGUGGCGGUGGUGCAGGCGAUGGAGGCCCAGCUGGCAGCCCUGCUGCCCGAGACGUACUUCCAGGCCGAGAACUACAUCACGCAGCAGCGCGCACGGCAGUACGAGGCGGACGUGAAGAACGCCUUCGCCUACUGGGUUUACCUCAGCCACGGCCGCGACGCCGAUGGGGUGGCGGAGAUGAGCGAGGAGGACGCGGCGGCCUUCAACGGCGACAUGCUGCGCCUGUGCGAGUCGAUUCUUCAGGCCUUCUCACAGCGGCUGCGCGACGACGAGGCGCAGCUGGACAAGUACGCGACGGACGCCGCGCUGCUGCUGCAGCAAGGGCAGGAGGUGAGCGCGGCAGACUCCCCUGCCGGCACGACGCCCGCGCCGGAAGGCGAAGACAACGACGGCGAGUCUACGGAGGCGUCGACGCCGCAGCCGGCGAGCCCCACCUCGGACACGACGUCGCGCACCGCUGCUACGGCGGCGGCAGCAUCAGCAGCUGUGGGGACCACAAAGAGGGCCUUCUUCCCCGAAUCCAAGGAGUUCAUCGCAGACAACAUCAUCAGCGUGCUGCGCGAGCUGAACAGCCGCGACAUGGGGCCGACCAUCGUCUUCACCUUCGAGGGCGAGGACUGCGAUGACCUGACCAAGGCGAUUGUCACCCGACUGGAGGAUGCCGAGGCGGCGUACCGGCAGACGGAGGAGUUCGCGCAGUACAAAGCGGCGAUGGAGCGCAAGGCGGCUGCGGUUGAGGCCGCCCGCAAGCAGCGGGAAUCGACGCUGAAGCAGAAGAAGCUGACGACCGACGACGGCGGCGACGUCGAGCGGGCCGACCGCGAUGUGGACGAUGCGGUGAACAACGACGAGGACUUCAUUGUGCCGGAGGUGCUGCCGGAGUUCACCUUCGUUGGGCAGUACUGCACCGUUGACCCGACAGUGGUGAAGGAGGCGGUGGAGGAGUGCGUGAAGCGGGGCGACAGCCUCAGCGCGCGUGCGAUCCAGCGCGGCGUCGGCAUCCACCACGCGGGCGUGAAAGGAAAGCUGCGUCGCAUGAUGGAGAUUCUCUUCCGCGGUCGGCACUGCGGGGUGAUUUGCGCGACCGAGACGCUGGCCCUCGGCGUGCACAGCCCAUGCCGCUCCGUCGUCCUCGCCGGCGACCACGUGCUGCUCAACACGACACAGUUCCGCCAGAUGAUGGGCCGCGCCGGGCGCCGUGGUCUGGACUUUUUGGGCCACCUCGUCUUCCUCAGCGUCAGCAUCAAGAAGAUCACGCGCCUCAUGACGAGCAGCAUGACGGUCAUCAAAGGCAACGUGCAGGUCGACCCCGUCACGCAGCUGCGCAUGAUGCAGCUGUAUGACUACGCGCGGCAUCGCGACUUGAAGGGGGCAGAGGAGUGGAGCAGGCGGGCGCUGAACAUGGCGGAGCGGCUGUACGUCAACCCGCUCUUCUUCGCCGGCCGGGCCGCGGUGGAAGGCGGCAACAUGGAGGCCUUCACGAUUGAGUUUGCGCAGAUGCUGCUCGGCUUCCUGCACCGCGAGGGCCUGCACUUCAGCGACCGCCCCUCCUCGCUCGGCUCGCUGCUCGUGGACGCGAUGUAUGUGUUCCGCAACGCGCAGGUCGGGGCGGAGGGCUUCGCGUUUAUUUCGAUGAUUACGCGGAAGGUGUUUGCCCGGGCACGGCUGGCCCGUCGCUUUGCCCAUCUCGCCCCGACGGACGAGGCGGCGGCGCAGGAGGCGAAGGGGGAGCUGCUCGCCUACCUCUUCUCGGUAAACAAGAUCUGCGGCACCCCCUUCGAGAUCCACCGCUCCGCGUUGAGCGAUCCGGCGGUGGUGGAGCUGUGGGCCGGCCGGCGGGUGGCGAAGCAGCACCGCGUCGUGCUCGCCCCUCUCGACGUCUGCUCCCCGCUCGUGAAGCCGUUCAGCUACGCGUCCGUCUUCCGCAUGAUCUCCGCGUUUUACACCCACCUCGCCGGGACGCUGCGCGAGCCGGCGGAGCAGCGGCUGCCGUACAUGUGUGCCAAGACGAAGAAGAAGAACCCGAUCUUCGGCAGCAAGUCUAACAUGCCGCUCAUGGAGAGGCUGCGGGCCACGACGGAGCCCUACGCGGCGCGCGACCCCUUCGUCGCCAUCUGCGGCUGCGGCGACCACUUCGUGCACAGCGAGGACCUCGUGACGACGCUGCGCCGCGGCCUCUUCUGCGAUCGCCGCAUGCUGCCCGUCGUCGACCUCAUCGACGGCUGCCGCCACGACGGGGCGCAGGUGCUGAUGAAUGCGUGUCUGACCGAUUUUGUGCGCUGCAAGGCGCAGAUCGACUCCGUGCGGUCGAACUUCCGCUUCACCCUGCUGGAGGAGCUGAACGGGCUGAGCCAGUCGGAGAGCUACGCGGUGCUGAACCAGACGGAGCGGCUGCUGUCGAACGUGGCGGGGCUGACGCGGGAUAGCAAGUACACCCCGCUGCAGGUGCUGAGUGCCCUCUACCCGGAGCGUCCGCGCGGGGAUAACGUGGCCGAGGAGGACGCGAAGUACUACGCCGGCACCCUCGGCGUGCUGAACUUCGCGGCACAGCUGCACGAGCUGCGUCCGCACAUCGACAAGGAGCUGGCGCAGGUGCAGUGGAUGGCACGCCUGGCGGAGCUGAAGCGCAACGCCAAGAAGUAG